AUGCGCACCACUCACGAGACAGAUCGCCCAAUCGGUCCUAUCGGAGCUCCAGCGCGUGACUUCAGUCACCACCGCCGGCCACCACCGAAGCCGGUUGCCAAGCCCCGUCCUGCCCUGCCCUCAUCAGGAUCAGCUCGCCCUCAAGGCAUGGUCUUUUCUCCCGAUGACCUUCCCCAAGAUCUCAAGAACAUCGGGGGAAAUGGACUUCCUCCAGCUUCUGGCCGUCUCCCUGCUCCCCUCUCCCCCCAAUCUCGCGCUUCACGGGCUAAGGGAAUCGUCUUUAACGUCGAUGACCUUCCUCAAGACCUAAAGGAGCUACAAUCCGUACAGGGCACUAAGGCCAACACCGCCUGAAUUGAUUGAAUAAAUUGAUUUUUUCCUCUCUUCUUGGAGUUUUGUUGGAUCUUUUUUCGUCUUGCUUUC